AUGGGGACUCCGGGGGCUGAGGAGGCAAGCACCUCCCAGAAUGUGGGAGACGCAGAGACACGGCUGACACGCCUGGCCACGAGCGGCGGCUUCCGGUGUGGCUGGCACAGUUCCUGUUUUAAAGCCCUCACCCUCGUAAUUCCUGAGCCUCAGCCUCCAACCCGACGAAGGAAAACAGAGACACCCCAAAGAGAGGCGACCCUCGGUGUGCGGGGUGUGCACCCCUCCCUGCCCCACAGCCAGGGCAGCAGGGACGGUCCUGGCACCAGGACCGUGUCUCCAUCUACGAGCGGAGCUGGCUCUAGAGACCCAGGAGGGUCUCAGGGGGGUCCCCAGAGGGGAUGGGUGGGGUGGGGUCUCCGUGGGGGCAGAGCUCCAGGGCUGGUUAAGUGGGUGUGGGGACAUUUAAACAGAGUUUCUGUCUGGUAUCCCGAAGAGAACCGGCAUGCGGCAGGGGGACGUGUCUGCAGGCCCCUGGGGCUCAUGGAGGGCCUGGGCUCCCGGGGGCCUCCCUGGGGCGGGUAUGGGAGCCGGGGGAGCCCAGGUGCAGUCUGGGGAGUGGGCUGCGGCCGCAGUGAUGCUCAGCCUCCUGGGCCCCAGCUCUUUGAGCACUGA